UCCCAACUGUCAAAGGACUCUCCGCAGCAAUACCCAACCCAAAGCGCGUGAGAUGUAAUCAUUUCAGCACAAUGACUGCAGCGCUCUCAGGUAAUACAAAUGAAGUCUAACGGGGCAUUUCUACACCAUGACAGACAAAAUCUUUUUACGUUCAGUCUGUUGCGUUUCUUUAUUACUGCGUCAUAACAGUUUGUUGGCAGCUUAUUUCAUUUUAGAAAGGAACAUGUUGGAUUACGACUGAAAAUCCUUGGAUCAAGCUGUUGAAGGCGCUUUUCUCGAGUAUGAUGAGUGACUUUAUGAAGAAACGCAACUCCUUCAGAAUGAGACUGUGGACGUUGUUUGUCAUGAUCCCGCUGUGCGCAUCCUCUCCUCAAGCAGCCGAAACGCUUCAAAGUCCAUCUGUGGAGAGCGGCUGCUCCGGCAGAGCCUGCAACCCCCGCAUGGGAAACUUGGUCCGGGGCAGAGUGCUGAGCACCCAGUCGGUCUGCGGCUCUAACUCGUCGGAGCCGUACUGUUUCUAUAAACAGACGGCUGCUCCCCGCAGCAAGGAGUCCUGUUCCGCGGCUAAGUGCAGCAAGUGCAGCGCUGCCAUUCCCAGCCAGGCGCACCCCCCCUCUUCCAUGAGCGACUCUUCUUUCCGCUACCCUUACACCUGGUGGCAGUCUGCGGAGGGGGUGAAAGAGGAGACACUUCAGCUGGACCUGGAGACUGAGUUCCUCUUCACCCAUCUCAUCUUGGUGUUCCGCUCUCCCCGGCCUGCUGCCAUGAUGCUGGAGCGCUCCCAGGAUCAUGGGCGCACAUGGAAGACCCUCAGAUAUUUUGCCGGUGACUGCGAGAAGGUGUUUGGUUUGGUAGAAGGGUCACCAGUCACGGAGAGCGGGGCAAGUUGCACCUCCAAGUAUUCAGGAGCCUUUCCUUGUACUAGAGGAGAGGUGAUCUAUCGAGCCUUGUCUCCCUGGCUUUCAGUGGAUCCCUAUGGACCAACUGCUCAGGACCAGCUCAUGAUUACCAACCUGAGAGUCCAUCUGCUGCAGCACCAGCCAUGUCCCUGCAAGGCCAAACACCCUGGUGCUACUGUCCUUCCCACAGAUCAUUAUGCCAUAUAUGAUUUUAUUGUCAAAGGCAGCUGCCUUUGCAAUGGACAUGCUGACCACUGUGUUCCAGCCAGGGGCUACCAAUCCAGCCAACAGAAGACCAGUAACAUGGUCCAUGGCAAGUGUGUCUGCAGACACAACACGGCCGGUGACCACUGUGAGCACUGCGCACCUCUCUACAAUGACCGACCCUGGCAGGCUGCCAACGGCAUCUCAGGGACUCCUCAUGAGUGCCAGAAGUGUAAGUGUAACGGUCAUGCUAAGAGCUGUCACUUCAGUCGUGGAUUGUGGCUGGCAAGCAGCAAGCAGAGUGGCGGCGUGUGUGGACACAACACAGAGGGCCGUCACUGCCAGAACUGCAAGAAGGGCUUCUUCAGAGACCCCAGUCGUCCAAGAACUGCACCUGCCUCCUGCAAACCCUGUUCCUGCCACCCUGUAGGCUCUGUCCUCUCGGGUGGCACCACAAUUUGUAACCCUAGAGGUGGGGAGUGCACUUGUAAACCUGGUGUCAGAGGUCCCCACUGUGACAGCUGCAUGAUGGGAUACUGGGGGCUUCAUGAAUACGGCUGCCGUCCAUGUGACUGUACAGGGGACUGUGACCCAUAUACUGGCGAUUGCAUUUCUGGCUCAGACGUGGAGGCCUUCUAUACAGGCACUGGCCAAAUGGGACAUAGCAGCACUAACAGUGAGACCACCCUCUCCAAGGUAGAGGAGCUUUUCUCUGCACUGCACCACUCUGAGGAAUGUGAAUGCGUAGAAGUUAGUCUUGACAGUCCUAAACUCUUCUGUGGUGCAGAGUAUGACUACGUGCUGGUGGUGAAGGUGAUGUCAGCUCACGAUAAAGGUUCCCAUGCAGAGGUGGAGGUCAAGGUCAAGAAGGUCUUGUACCAGAACCCUCAGAUGAAGAUCCAGAGUGGAAACAUCACCCUGUACCCAGAGUCCUGGACCAUCCAAGGAUGCACCUGUCCCAUCCUCAACCCAGGAUCUGAAUAUGUCGUGGCCGGUCAUGAAGACUGGAGGACUGGCCGAAUGACGGUCAACACCAAGAGCCUUGUUAAACCGUGGAAGUCAGGCCUGGGACGCAAACUCCUCCACAUCCUUAGAAAAGUUUGCAGCCUGUGGUAGGGCAACGUUGAACUGCAGUGGACAAAAGGAUGACGAGAGGAAGAUCAGCUGUGACAUAAUGUGUUGAAUGAGUGAAAUAAUGAGUAAGAUGAACAUAUUGAAUAAGGCAUUGCUUGGACACUAAAGUAAAAGCAACGAAACAAAGUGGAGUCCAUGGUCCAUGGUCAUAGGUAAGUAAGCAGGUACCUUGCCAGACUACAGUCGAUUAAGGAUCACAAAGAAGAAAGCAACCUACAAACCUUUCAUCCAGAUGUGGUAUCUGUACCUCAGCUCAUAAUUCUUUCCAGAUUAUUAUAAAUCUCUAGGAAGUUAAUGUUAAAUACUCUAUCAUACUUUAUUUCCUGGCUGAGGCUGCUGUCAGAGUUGUCUGGCUCUAUCUGUUUCAUUGAGAGCUUUUUAUUUUCAGACAUUGCCAAGGUGGAGACUGAAUCAACCUUGUCUCACAGAAACUGGUGAUAAACCAUGAAUGAGUCAACAUCAGACUGUGUGAGCGUGGAUGUGUGCAUAUGCUUGAUGUCCUUGGCAGGGAGUCUGGAAGUAUGCAGGUCAGAACAAGUAACUCCUGGAGGAUGAGAGAGGAUGAAAAAAAAUAUUUAAGGAAUCAAGCAGCUUAAUCUGAACAGUUCUGCUGUGCUGACGCUCGCCCACCUGCUGUCUGUCAGGAGAAAAACACACUCCGCUCCUCUCUGGUUUGCAGUACAUGCAACCAGUUAAAACGCUCAGGACUGAGUCUGCUCUUACAGCUGGUUUAGUUACAACAGUGUAUUGAUGUCAGGUGCUUUAGUCAUACUCAGUUCUGUCAGGAUUUUCUGCUGCCCUCAUAAGAUCUGCUUGCAUAUGAUGAGGAUUUAUUUGAGAAAGCCUCUCUGAACCGGACACUGUGGAAGCCAGUGUGUACGUCUUGUUUGUGAGAAACAGAGCACACACUCUAUUAGCAUGUUUCUCCUUUUGGCCUGUGACUCCUGCGUCCCUAAAAUAAAUAUAUAUUAAAAGCCUGCGUACUCAUUGAGUCCACAGGCCAGUUUGAGCCCAGUUAAGAAUAGGCUUGAUUUGCUGUAUCCAAGGAGAAGGACAAAACAGCGUGAGGCGACAUGAUGCAUUCCUCAGCCAUGAAAUCACUGCCCGCGUCCUUGCCCCAAAGACUUUACCAUAAACAUGAAAAAACAGGCUGGAAAUUUCCUUGUAAAGGACAAACUGGUGAUUUAGAGUGUAGGAAUGUUCUCUGCCAUCAGUGUCACAUUUGUAUUGUUGUUUUUGUCUUUGUUGUUUUUCUCAUCUAAACUACAUAAACUACAUGUGACUGUACUCCUUCUAAGUGCUUCUUGGAAGCAUUUGUCAUUCCCUUAGUUUUAUAUUUCACCCAUACAGUAUUAUAUGUAACAUCUUCACUAGCAGAGGUGGCUGACUGAUGUUUAACCCAUGUCUUAGUACUGCCCUCCUUUGGUUAAAAGAGAGAAAUACACUUAUCUCAGCAUAUAUUGGUAAUGGAACU